GCGGUUGGUGCGAUCAGUCAAUAGAAAACAUUCGCGUUGGUCGGUUGGUCGUGCUGACGUCCGUAGCAAAUUAUUGUUCCUCUUUUGUCUCAACAGUCCUGCCUAAAAUUGAUUUUUGUCUCAACUGGUUUUUGAACAAUCGUAGCGUUUGGCCGGAUGUUUUAAUUCUUGGAUCCGUUUUUAGUUUGUGCUGUUCGCAUCGAAAGUGUUCGAAAACACCCAAUUGGAAAUAAAUCUUUUCGAAGAAGAUACUAACUGCUAAGUUUUGUGGAAAGGCAAUCAGAAAAAUUGCAGUGAUAAAAAUGAUUGUCCCUAGAAAUGUGGAAAAUUGAGAGCAAUUGAUGCCGGAAAUUAAGUGUGCAUUUGGUUAAUUUGAUUCGACUUCCAAAAAUGUUCUGUUUGUGUGCGAUGUGAUUGGAUUGGAUUAAAAGUGUACUCCCCGUCUGAUUUGAUUGUAUUAUUUUGAUAUUAAUAAUACUGUGGAAUACCAAACAGGAACUGGAACGCGAGCUGGAAAAAUUGAAUGAACUAGACAGGAUAUUUCGGAUUCUCCGGGGAAAGUUAUCCGAGGAAUAAUCUCCAGGCUCCAAGCCGGGGGAGAAGCGCACGUCGGAGUAAUAAAGAAACCGUCAGGCGCGACGAACAUCCCAUCAAAAGAAUAGUCACGAAGAAAGUACUUUCAAAAGUGGCAAGAUGUCAGACGACGAUAAAGAAUCCUCUGUACGGGUUGCCGUCAGAAUUCGUCCACAGAUACCACGUGAGCUGAUAGAUAUGUGCCGGAUGUGCACUCAGGUCACUCCCGGUGAGCCUCAAGUCUAUCUUGGCUCCGAUAAGGCAUUCACCUUUGACUAUGUAUUCGAUACAAACGCAACACAGGUUUCCGUGUAUGCCAGCUGUGUUGACAAGCUGGUGGAAGGCGCCCUCAAGGGUUACAAUGCAACAGUGUUAGCAUAUGGCCAGACUGGCUCUGGCAAAACCUACACAAUGGGAACUGGUUUCGAACGAGACAUUCCUGAGUUCCAAGAAGGGAUCAUCCCACGUGCGGUACGGCAUCUUUUCGAAGGAAUUGGCCAGCUGCAAGAAAAUCCAUAUGAUGAGGAUGGAGAAUUUUUAGGAUCCCUGCAGUUUAGCGUAGCGGCCCAGUUCAUGGAACUGUACAAUGAGGAAAUCAUAGAUCUGCUCGAUCCGUAUAGUAAGGGGCGAUUAUUUAAAAUUCACGAAGACUCAAGCGGUGGAAUCUCCGUGGCUGGUGCAACAGUACAACCUCUCACUGGGCCCCAGGAUGCGCUACGAUGUUUGCAGCAAGGGGCAUUGGCACGCACCACAGCCUCAACACAGAUGAAUGAACAGUCCUCCCGGAGUCACGCGCUUUUCACAAUCCUUAUCCGGCGACAACGGGUGAUGAGUGCCGAAGAAAGUGGUAAUCCAGACGGAGAUUUGGAAACACUCACCUCGAAGUUUCACUUUGUGGAUUUGGCCGGUUCGGAGCGUCUGAAGCGAACAGGAGCGACAGGUGAACGAGCCCGCGAAGGAAUCUCAAUCAAUUGUGGCCUAUUGGCGCUGGGUAACGUAAUAUCCGCGCUGGGUGACAAAGCCAAAAAGGUUACGCACGUACCUUACCGAGACUCCAAAUUGACGCGGCUACUCCAGGAUUCGCUGGGAGGGAACAGUCAAACUAUCAUGAUUGCUUGCGUGUCACCAAGUGAUCGAGACUUUAUGGAAACGCUCAACACACUCAAGUAUGCCAACCGGGCGCGCAACAUCAAGAAUAAAGUACAAAUCAAUCAAGACCAGAGCUCGCGGACUAUCUCACAAUUGAGGCGUGAAAUUGCUGCCCUGCAGCUGGAGCUGCUCGAGUACAAGCAGGGCAAACGCAGCGUAGACUCGGAAGGAAAUGCCGCCGUUUCGGAUACCUUCCUGGAGAACGCAAUGUUGCUACAGGACAACAAACGACUACAGCAGCGACUGAAGGCAAUGCAAGAAGCAUUGAACUCAAUGACAGACAAGAAUGCACAGCUUCAGGCGCAACAAGCGUUGUCCGGGUGGUCAUCCGGUAGCACCGGUGAGAGCGGUGAGCAGGGUGAAGACGGAGAUGGUGGCAACAGUGGUGGGGCCGUUCAGCAGUUGGUCGCUGGGUAUAUCGGUGAAAUUGAAAAACUCAAAGCGAAGCUGAUCGAGUCCGAGCAGAUGUUCCAACAAAUCAAGAAAACCCAGAUCUGUCCGUCGAAACUAGGGCUGAAAAGUAAUUAUUCGUUCAUUGAGAACUCUACAGAAACGGUCAUUAACAUGGCGAAGCGUGAGCUGGAGAAAGAAAGGGAACUAUUGAUGUCUCGAUCGUUACCUGGGCUGGAGAACGAUGGCAGCAUCCAAAGCUUGGAGGAUGGUUCUGAUAGUGAUUCAGAUACGGAAUCUGACGACAAAACGGGCGAGCUACAGGCGGAAAUUAAUGAUAUAAGCUCGGAUAUUGAAAUAAAAUCGAAGUUGAUCGAACAACUGGAACUAUCGCAGCAAAGGAUGCAGAUUAUGCGACAGCAGUAUGAAGAGAAGCUCAAUGUUUUGAAUGUUAAAAUCGUCAACACGCAGAGAGAGCGAGACCAGGUUCUGGCGAAUAUGAGUGGAACGGGAGCUUCCGGUGGAGGCGCUCCGACAGAUCGAAUCAGGAAGGUAAAGGAAGAAUACGAAAGAAAGUUGUCGGAAAUGCAGAAGGAGUUGAAAAAGUUACAAAUGGCACAAAGGGAACAUCUGAGGCAACAGAGGGAACUGCAAGCCCAAGAUGCUCAGCUUAAAACGCUCAGAGGAGAGCUCAGUGAGUUGAAGCAGAUUAAGAUUCGCUUGAUGAAAAAGAUUCAAGAGGAAAACAAUCGGCACAAAGAGAUGGAAAGCAGGAAAACGCGUGAAAUUGCUCAGCUCAGAAAGGAAAGUAGGAAGCAAGUGAACAUGAUCAAGUCCCUUCAGGCUCAGGGAGCGGCUAAAGAUCAGGUGUUGAAGAGAAAAACGGAAGAGGUAUCUAACCUACGAAAAACGCAACGCGGAAUGAUGAGCAUGAAGGCUGCUGGACGGUUUCCUCCCAAGAAAUCUGUUUCGGCACUGAACACCAAGAAUCUCAAAACAAAGUGGGAAGCUUUGCAACGCACAAUUACAAGAGCGGCAAGAAGUCGGCAGGCCGUGUUGGAACUUGAAAGAGAGCUUGAACGUCUACUACAGGAGCGUGAUGGUCUGAGUCGUGAUUUGGCGAACGUCCGCUCGAGACAAGCACUGGGGGAUGCAGCGGAGCUUAUAUCCGAGGAAGAUACGAUCAUGGCUAACAUGAACUACAUUCAAGAAAACAUUACCCAAAUUCAGCAUUCCAUCAUGGAACUUGAAGAGGGCAAGGAAUCCGCCACGGAACAAUUGCAAUUGCAGAACAUACUUGAGAAUGUUCGCACCGUAGAAGAAGCCAAAUUUAUUCUGGAAAAACUUUGCGGAACCUCAAUUGCACAAGUUUGCGAGACCGCCCUAACGCAAACGAGACUGAAGGAACGUGAGGCGUUACUGAACGAGGUUCAACAAGACAGCAGCAUGCAACAGCAGUUGCUGCAGCAUAUAUUGGCGAGAACGCCGGCAGCGACACUUUCCGACACUAGUUUCAGUUCUGGACAGUCCAACAAUUCAAAUUUGGUGAACACCAUGCUACACGCAGCAGCUUCAUCCCAUGGAAUGACCACCGCGUAUGGUGAUCGGUCUGAGUAUACGGAAAACAAUUCCCAUGUGAUAAACUCCCUUACGAGAAGUCCUUCUCCUAGUAGCAGCACGGAACUCGAUAACGAUGAUAAAAUUGUCACCUACAGAAACUCCAAGCUAAGACGAAGGCCCGCUGUCGGUCAGGAUUCGUUGCCACAAGGAGGUCCCGGUGGAGCCGCCUUAGAGGUGUUCGGCUCCCCGACCUCCAGCAGCAAGCUUGAGAAAGUGGGUAUUUGUAUUUAUCUUGAGGAUUCGGCAGAUGACGAUGACACGAAGAAACGUUCUCCACAGGACGAGAAUGGAGGAUAUAUUGGUGGCGGUGGCGGUAUGACUCGCUCGUACACCGCCGCAUCGUCCGCUGGUGACGCGCAGCAUGUGCCUGUGAUAGCCAGCAGCAACGGAAAUCCAAUUGCGGCCACCACCAACCGUAACAUUGUGCCGCUGUCGCGAGUUCCUAGUGCGCCGGGUUCCUUGAAGGCUGCCGAACCGCAUAACACUGCAUGGGAAGCUUUCAGCAAAUCUAUUGGUUGCUCACAGAGAUACAUUCUUAGGAGAGGCACUUAUUCACAAAAUCCAUGAAACAUAUAUGUAUUGUAGAAAAAUGAUCCUCCUUCUGCUGGACACUGUCGACCAAAUGUAUCGCCUAUUGCCAAUUCAGCAUUUCCUCGAGUUCAAGCGUACGGUGGAGAGCAGUCUGGUCGCCAUUGGUGAGCAGUUGCGGCCAUCGAUGCUGGUGGUGGAAGACAAGCGAUAUUGAGUAAAUGCAUUUAUUUUGUACUCCGAGUGUUCCGAGCGUUUUUUUGCUCUGUUUGAUGCGAAGCGAAUGUGAUUAACUGCUUCGAUAUGUUUGUGUGGAUUAACCGUUCGUACUCGAUAGCUUCUUUGGUUACGAAGUUCCCAACAAAAAACUGAAUUCUCAUUAGUCUAAAUUUCGCAACGGGUUUCAGGAGCGAUGUCAUAAUGUUUACCUUGUGUUCUCAGUUAUCUGGAUUGAUGGACGAGAAACUAUGGGAUAUUCUCGAUAUAGUAAUAGAUGUCAUACUUUCAAACAUUUAAAACGAUCCGCUGUCGGACAAUUUUUGUCUGAAUGUAGACUCGCUCUCGACUAUUACCUUGCCUGACUCGUUCUUUCUAGUUAGCAGUUUGUUGGUUAGUAAAGACCGAUGUUCCUCCCUGGGGCAAUCCUGCUUUUCAACCUUUGAAGCCGAUUCGGAGAUCUACUCCCAAGAAAAUGUCACAAUGCCGAAAUUCCUAUGGACGGUCAACAUAAAUGGUGCGCUACGUUCAAACUUCGUCAAAAUUGAUGAUGUUCAAUCGGAACCAUUCUCAAUCACAUCGGGUGUCCACAGGGCAGCCUCAUCGUCUUUCUUGUUUUAAUAUACAUCAAUGAGGUGAACCUAAUACGGAAACGUUUCAAGCUCUUCUACUUCAUAAAGUACGUAUCGUCAAAAAGGUAUCGGAUUAUGGAACACCUCUUCCUCCUCUUUCAAUUCCAACACUACAGUAAAAAAAACUUGUGUUGGAGCACAUAGCAAGCUUUGAAGCGGGUUGAUAUUCUAUCUUUUACUAGUCCUUUCAUGGAAAAAAGAUAAUGAAGAUGGUGGAGUUACGAGCGGCAUAGCAUGCGCUGCUAAGACUAUUUUUAAAAUCAUGACAUCAGUAUUUGUGUUCAUAUUUGAUUGUCUACCACAUCCAUGAGUGUUUUAUUAAUGAAAAACAUACAUUUUCUUGAAGUUCCCACGGAUUAUGAGUAUAAUGUGAAAGCGGGCGGAGAAUAUUUGUGAAAUUACGUCGAAAAAUAUGAAUAAAAGUGAUAUUUUAGUAAGACAUUUUGACUCCACCACGGCCACAGAAACAAAGGAACAUUCUUUAUUUUUACGAUACCCUAUAUGAUAAGAUUAUGGUUCUCAGUAUCGGUGUAUGUGAUGUGGGAAAGUAGCCUUUCAUUAAGCAGCAUUUCACUGAAAAUGUUACUGCUUUCUAGGACUAAAACUACGGCUACUCUCUGGGUAGGCUGACCAAAUAUUUCCAGCCAUUCCAUGUCAAUCCGAUAUUGUGGUUCUCAGAUUUCGUUAAAAUUGGUAGUUAUGUUACUUAUCGCCAAGUAUUAGACCCGUAUUUUUUAUUUUUUCAUUGGAGUGAUCCGAAAAAUCAAUUUUUUCAUCUUUUAUUCAAAAAUUUCGCACUUUAUCGCUUUGGCAUCGUAUGUUAUAAUUUCUUAAGUAGAGUGUCACAUAACUCUCUGUUUUUCAAAGGUGUUACUUAUUUUAAUUCGAUGCCUAAGCACAUUAAGAGGGCAACCACAUUAACGGGUUUUGAACGGCAAUGCAUGUCACAUGCCAAAAAUGUAAUUUUAUUAUUGAGAUUGUAAUUGACGAAGUAGUUUUUAACGAAUUUUUACGAGUUGUAUUUGUAUGUGUAUGGAAGAAUGAACUGCCAUCUUCGUCUCAAUGAUAAUAAAGGAUGUUUUAGAUGUUUAUAAAAAUUGAAAAAAAAAAUAACAAUUAAUCUACAAAAAUUUGAGCAUGCGCGAUAAUGCAGCAGAAUCGAUAUAUGCAAGUCAUGAUAAAAAAAGAGCACAGCUAUGAUUGAGGUUUGAUUGAAGAUCGAGAGAGUGAAUGAAUGUCGUGUAAAGAAGGCCCUUUCUAGAAGAAGCUUUUUCUAGAGGAUCAACCAGACAACUGACAGAAUGAACGGAAAUGCUACAACCUGAAAUUAGGGGGUCUUCGUAGCCACUUGGUUACGCGUUCGCUUACCAAGCGAUCGAUCGUGAGUUCAAACUCAGGGCCCUCAAUUGACCAUCUUUGUGUUGUUAUAGAAUAACUAGGGAAGGCUUGACGGAGCAACGAAUGUUUACUAAUGCUACUUUGAAUGGUCAGUUGGGAAUGGACUUUAAUGAAAUUUAUUUACACUAUUGUUUGUAUUCUAGAAUAACUUAAAAAAAUAUUAAAUUAUCCACAGUUUAAAUAGAUUUCGUUUUCUGUGUUUCAUCUAAAUCAACUAAACUUUCAAGACCACUUUGCUCCUCACUAGUCAGGAAUACUUCUUUCAUUCAAUAUUGGAGAAUUUUUUUUUUAAAUAAAUCAUCUAUUCUACAGGCUCAGUUAUAUACAAUUGAUGAAGCCAAAUCCUAAAUGUAUUUUUAAUCCUGAAGUAUAUUUACAAUUAGCUUAUUUUAUGAUUAUUAGGAUAAGGAAUCGAUAAAACGCAGACGACUCUAAUUUAAUAGGGUGAUAUAUUUUUAUCAUAGAGAGGAGAGGAUAAGGAGAUUCGGACAAUUUGGUUUUAAGGAAAAGAUAGAUUUGGUCCAAUCGAGCCAACACAUCCCGCACCAGCACAAUGAGCUGUUUUCCACGGGACUGAAGAUACUUUUCUAAACUCGAUCCUGCUACAAGAUACACCUCAUACGAUCAAACAACAUGCUCAAUGCUGUGAUAAUCUUGACAACAAACGUAAAGAUUGGGAAUAAUCUAGUAGAAGACGAUUUGAUGCUGAUAAGAAUUCUAAUAAAAUCAUCAAAAUUGACGGCAACAUCAGUGGCAGAUACAUUGACUCCCUCAUCAAGAUGAAUAGAUGUUUGAAACUCAUGUAGGCUUGGGCUGGCCGAUCCUCUAAAAGCGCGCAGCUUAAGCGCCACUCCCGAAGGAGACUGCCCGCCAAGAUCGUUUUUGCCCGGUUGAGACUCCCUUCGAGAGCGAGUUCAUGAAAUACUACUUCCGCAGUGAAAGUACGAAUCGUUCCAGCCAGGCCACGAUAUCCUAACUAAAUCUCCACAACCAGCUGAAACCUCAUCAAACUUUGUUUGAACCUACAAGAAACCGAAGUUUCCACCUAUGCCUGAAUGAUCAUCACAGGCCAGGUCGCUAUUCCCCACCAGAACACGUAAUCAAUGGAACUGCGAAGUUUACCAUUCAAAUCCCGCUAAGGGGAAGACGGGUAACGAUAAAGUUUAAAAACAAGUAACAUAAGCAGACCUCCAAACAUCAAAAUUGCAUAUUUAUUAGAUGCUAGCUAUAUUUAAUCGAAGAACAACAUUUAAACGGUUUAUUACAUUUAACAAACUAGUUUCUAGGCCUAAUUUCUCUAUUUCUAAUUAUUCCAUGUUUCUAUCUCAUUUCUGUUAUUCUCCGGUGCGUGUGUCUUUAAACAUUUUCAAUAGUCAUGACUUUGUUCAUUGUGCUUUGUGCUUUUAGUUAAAAUGCUUUGUGUCGAUUGCUACUUGGACUACAUUGUCUACGAAUUACGACAUGGAAAAUGGUUACCAAAAUCCUUUGUUGGAAGUGUUUUCGGCUUACAGUCCAAUCCGUCCCAAUUGUGGGUAGGCAAUAAUAAAAAAUCUCCGUGGCGUCCUCGCUGGACGCCACUCUCCACAAAAGAAGCGAUGGAACGAACUCACCGGCUGAUUUGAAUUUGCUGUUGAUGCUGGAUUUGUGACUGCGGUUCACUUUAUUUCUUCGUGUGCUUUUCCGUUUCCGCUCAACUUUACUGAUCAGUUGAAGUUCGUUGCUGGGUGUGGGAAUCCUUGUAUUGGUGCGCACCGUGCUUGUGGGAGAAUAAUGUCGCCCAACAUCGAAUCUGCACUUUAGCACAUUGUUCGCACAACUUAUUUAAAUAGUUUACUUUUUUUACAUCUGUUCUAUCCUGAAUCGGACGCAGGAUAGUCUGAGUAAAGGUGGACUGUAAAUCUGGAAUUUCGGUUUCAAUAGACUUUAGGUUGCAUGUAGGUGUCCACACAGAUUUACCACGGGUGGGGUUCGUAUGUGGAUUUACACACUUGGUCUAAAUAGAUUAACACUGUUUGGAUAGGUUUCUAUUUAUUUGCUCGAUGUUACGCGUACAAAGGUUGGAAUACAACUGACUUUCUUAGGAAGGAAGGAAGGUCUUGUAUUAUAGAGACUUUAAACUUUUGCAGUUCAUUCGUCUCUAGCCUUCAGAAAGGCCCUUUGAAAACUCUACUCUAUUCUACUCCAGCGCUACCACCUCCACCCUCUUGCCUUGAGAAAGGCACUCGAUCCCUCGCCGUCCAGCUCGUCCAGCAACGAUGUUGUGCAGUCGGUGUCCACCGACUUUCUUAGCUGACGAUGCUGCCUUUUUAUACCCGUCAUUGGGCGAACAUAAAUGUUACAUGUUUUCUUCCUUUUUUCUGUUGCGUUUCGGUGGCAUACCGAACAUACUCCCCCCGAUCGGUACGACUUACGAUCUGCUUGGAUGUGAUGAACUUCGACUGGAAUUGUUGUCUUCGAUGGGCAGAAUUGAAACCAUGUUGAUAGGUCUCCGGAAAGUCGAACCAUCCACGGAUACAUCAACUGCUCGGAUCAGACCGUUACUUCCUGGAUACACUGCGUAGAUUCGACCCAAUUUCCAGUGGAGAGGGGGCUGGGUCCGGUUGUGUAGAAGAACAAUCAUAUCUUCACGAACGUUGGGCAUCACUUGUAAAUUUUUCUUCCGUGGUUGCAGCGUGUUGAGACAGUCCUGGAUCCAAGCACGCCAGAAGUGCUCGCGCAUUAGCUUAAGAUGUUGCCAGCGAUCUAAGCGGUUUGCUUUGAUAUCUUCAAGCGAUGGUUCGGCUGGAGCGAUGAGAGGACGUCCAAUUGAAUAAUGAGCAGGCGUAAUAACCAGCGGAUCGGCAGGAUCGUUUGAAAUACUAUAAAAGGGGCGAGAGUUCAACACUGCUUCAAUCUCAGCCAGGACUGUUGCAAAUUCUUCGUAUAUUAGCUUAACAGGUCCAACGAUACGCUGCAAGUGGGUUUUGGCGGACUUGACUACUGUUUCCCAUAACCCUCCAAACUCUGGGGCAUCUGGUGGAAUGAAGUGCCAUUCGAUUUCUUUAGUCUGGCAGUACUGCUGAAUACGUUGAACUGCUUGUUGAUUCCGGGAUUGACCGUAUAACUCAUGUAAUUCAUGCUGGGCACCGUGUGACUUUUUUGUGUGGUAUUUGAAAAAAAUGAAGUCAUCAGUCAUUUUUUCCAUCUUUGAUAUAUAUUUCAUCGCUCCACAUAGGGACAGCUAAUUCCUAUUCUCAUGUUUUGUUUUGUUUGUUUGAAAAGAGUUGAUUUUAUGAUCUGCGCAAGUGAGUAGGCCGCUUAUUAAAGUGAAAAAAGGAAAUCGAAUGUUGAUCACGAAUGGAAUCAUUAAGAUUUGGGUUAUUUUCUUAAGGAAACUUUUUUUAUGCGGUCCCUUUUCACCGCAUAACAAAAAGUUUAUUUUUCAAAUUGUGUAGCGAACACGAUUAUUUGUGCGGUCCCUAUCACCCACACAAAAACAGAGCGUAAACGUAUCAAUAAUUUCCCCAUAAAAUAAAGGCAUCUGCAUUAUCUCAUAAAGGAAAUCUUUUUCCACAGUCAUUAUCAUAAUUCCGAAUAACCGUUUCUGGUCAGAUCUCGACCGCAAAUAAUUCUCGAUCCACCGAACAACAAAAAAAGUUCUUUCAACAUUCCGUUGUAUUAGGCAAUGUCUGUAUCAUUCUGGCCAGCCGUUUCGGAGAAGGUUUGAUGCAGGUUUUGUCCAACGAUAUUCGGAAUUAUGACCAUAAUUUAAAAAGAGCCGUCAGCUAUUUACAAAGCUUUGCUUCAUCGAAUUUCGAGUUGUAUGAAAUGAACAUUUUCAAAUUUCUAGUAGGAAAUGCGACAUCGAAGUCGGUAAAUUUUUCGUGAUUCAACAAAGCGACGAAUUACAAGUAUUCAUCUAGCUCCUUAAAUCGUUUCGUCAUUUCGUCAAUAAUUUUGUCUAUAAUCGAUUCAUAUAAACGACGACAAUUGAUGUCAUUUCUGUCAUUCAUAGUUUCGCCAAAUACAUCAAUUGCAUCUUUGAGCGUACUAUUUAAAAGAUGAUCUGCUUUGAGCUCCUAUAUAGAAGCAAGUCAAGCCUUGACGUUACGCACGAAUUUUACUACGUAUAAUUCCUUUUUUUUUUGAAAAAAAAUUAUAAAGAACAUCCGUAUGUGCAAAAAUAUUCGCUUUUGCAAGUUUUGCAAGAAUACAGUGUUGAACUCAAGCAUGAGUGCGUGGAGACCUCUGGUUGUAGUAAAAGUUUCAGCAUCUGCGGCCAGGUAAAUCUCACCCAAACGUUCAUUGAUAGGUGCAUAAUUCAAAUCAACUAUUUUUGCAAACAUUUGGUAUUUUGGUCUCCAUAAAUUGCUUCAAUGUCUCGCUGCGUUUUGAUGACUGUGAGAAAAAUGCCGCAUAAGAUGAGAUCGUAUUGUAAUCCUUGACGUUUUUUUUUUGUUUUUUUUGUGCACGAGUGGAGCAAAACCAAGUUCAAUACGUGUGCGCGAAAGUGAAUAUAUCCAGUGAAUAACCGUUGUUUCACCAAUGUUUGCACGCCAGAUUUAUUUCCGGACAUUACAGUAGCACCAUCAUAGCUUUGGGCCACAAUUCUGUCAGCAUUAAGAUCAAAAUGCAUCUAUUUCAUCCACAUGUCCGGCCAAUGCAGCGGCGGUUUUGAAACGUAAGUAGACAACUGAGCCAACCGAGCUGAGGUUCAAGUUGUCGAAUGAACAAAAUCGAUAAAAAACGCUUGAAUUAAGUCCACACAUCAACGAAAGAACACCACCACAUCCACAGAAAUAAUGAAUGAAUUUAUUCGUUUAUUUAUUUACAUCACGCUCGUUCGAGGUGAUUGGUGCUGUGUACUCUCGCGUGGUCUCUCUCAAAUGACGUCAGAAGUAGAAAGAGAAACAGAAAAGGGAACGAUGACAACUACGAACAAACCCUGAAGAGUGGUGGUGUGUAUUUUUCAUCGUUUCCAUCGGUUUUGUUCAGCAGACAGCAUUGAACCUGAAACGUCAUUUUUACGCAUAGCGGCGCAUUAGUAGUAGUAAUCGUUUCAUGCGUAGUUGACUGUGUUUACCCAUUGUUUGGAUGACGGUGGGUUCAGAUGAGAGGUUUGAACCCGGUAGUCAUUACUGCCUAUUUCGUAGCUUUAAGGUUGUGUUGCGCGCGAAUUGGGUGAUGUAAUCAAGUACACUGAAGUCGCAUUUUACGCGGUUUUAUUUUACGCGGUUUUCGGAAUUUACGCGGUUUAUUUAUACGCGGAUUUCGGAAUUUACGCGGUUUUUUUAACGCGGAUUUCGCAAUUUAUGCGUAUCACGUAUCAACCGCGUAAAAAUUCAAUAUGCUGAUUGAAGUGACUUUUCACGAAGUGUGUAUUAUAUCACUGAUUAGUAGCUGAGAAAUGAAAGAAGAUACAGAUAGCAUGAUUGUAGCAUGCAAAAAAAUCACUGUUUGUUAGAUUUUUACACGGAUUUUGAAAAUUACCUGGUUCAUUUUUACGCUGAUUUUGAAAUUUACGCGGUUUUGUUAUGCGCGGAUUUUGGAAUUUACGCGGUUUUUUAAGUAGAUUUCGGAAUUUACGCGGUUUUUUUUUACGCGGCACGUAUCCCCCGCGUGAAAAGCGACUCCAGUGUAUAGCCAUCAGAUUACAUUCUUCACGGUGCGCUUGAGUUCCACCACAAUAAAAAAUAUGCUAAGAAUAUUUGGGAUAAUAUAGAAAUUAGAAAAACAUAACCAUCGAUAACCUCAUUCAUGUUGCAAAUGUGAAAUAAUACACACUUUUUUCUGAGAUUGUCUACCUGUCCUAUGAACAGUUUGAACAGGCGGACGAGACGCCUCUGGUUUUUUAUAUUUUACUGACUCCCCUACUGAAGAACUUAGUCCUACGUAAAAAAAAUAAUGCAUGUCAAUUAUUGAGUCCAAACAUAUCAACAAUACUCGUUUUUUUGUGUUUCAAAGCGAUGUUAUAACACCGUCGUGGUUAAAACACAAUGAAACUACGGUUUGAUCCUGCGUAAAAUUUGGAUUCAUUGAAUUUGGCUUUGAUCGAACAACUUGAUGAGUUUUUGGUGAGAUGUGAUAUUGGGAUAUCCACAUUUGAAGUCGUCGUGGUAUACACUCCAUCACUAGCAAUGGACAAACCUUAAAAAACAAGAUUGCAUUUUGAGUCGUCAUUUCAUAGAUACCAUUCUCAAGUAAAACAUGCUAAGUUGACAAUUCGGUUUUAUUUUUUGUUUGUUCGUGUGUUCAGCCUUAU